UCAAAAUCACAACAAAGGUUGACUCGAAUUGUUUUGAGUGUGGAUUGCAUGAUUUGCAUUUAUUUUUCAAUCAGUCAGUUAUUCUUAAAUCAAUUAAAAUGUUUCAGUUUGGAUUCAACAUGUUUCAUGAAAUCAGCAGACCCUUUAACAUGACCUAUAAGUGUUAUUCUGUCUCUAUGUUACCUGGGAAUGAGAGACAAGAUGUAGAAAGGGGAGGAAAAAUUAUAAUGCCACCAUCAGCACUGGAACAGCUGACAAGGCUGAAUAUUGAGUAUCCCAUGAUAUUUAAACUAACAAAUAAAAAAACAAAAAGAGUGACACAUUGUGGUGUGUUGGAGUUUGUGGCAGAUGAGGGAAGAGUUUAUUUACCACAUUGGAUGAUGACCAACCUGGUGGUGGAAGAGGGAGCACUACUACAAAUAGAGAGUGUGUCCCUACCCGUGGCCACAUUCUCGAAGUUCCAGCCUUUAUCUGAAGACUUUUUAGAUAUAACUAAUCCUAAAGCAGUGUUAGAAAACUGUCUACGUAACUUCUCAUGUCUAACGACUGGCGAUGUGAUUGCCAUCAAGUACAACUCCAAAGUGUAUGAGCUAUGUGUGCUUGAGACCAAACCAGGGAACGCUGUCAUCAUCAUAGAGUGUGAUAUGAAUGUAGAAUUUGCGCCACCGGUUGGCUACAAAGAAGAAGAACGUAUACCUCAUGAUGACGGUGGCAACUCGAUGGGAAUGGACGAGGAUCCUUCAAACAUGAUGCCGGAGCCCAGCGGCUUCAUCGCUUUCAGUGGCGAGGGCAACCGGCUAGACGGCAAGAAGAAGAAGCUGAUCAGUGAGAGCGACUCUGAACCGUCCGCGUCACAGUCUAGACAGCCCUACGUCAGAGGUAUCCCAGACUAUGACUACGUGAUAGGCACUCUAAGAUUCAUCAGAAACUCCAGGCCGCCCAGUGCCAAGGAGGAGACACCUUCAGAACCGUUUACAGCAUUCAAAGGCGAAGGCUUCACAUUAAGAAAUACCAAGCCCAAGAACUGAGUAUAAAAUAGUUAAAUGUUAGAUUUUUUACACAUAAUGUUGCCUGUAGAUGAAUCAGUUUUAUUUUUUUGUGUUGGCAACACUGAUGGUCUGGGGUGUGAUACUUAUAUUUAUUUCUAGCGUGCUUUUUGAUAUUUUUGAUGUAAUACUGAUACUGAAGUGAUUUUUUAAUAAAUUAUAUUAUUGACAAACUACAUAUAAUUGGCCUUCAGUUUUCUGAAAUAUUAAAUAUGUCUUUUAACCACUUCAAACUAGCUAGAAGACGUGCUAAAUCUUUAAUCCUAGGGACAUCCUAAAUCCUUUAGUUGACAAUUUUGUAUAUUUUUCAAUCUUUCAAUCAAUUUCAUAAUUUGUAUUGUAAUUUCGUGAGACAUACUAAAUAAAUUAUUAUAUUUUCGGCUUACUCGCGUAAUAAUUUGACGAGGAACUCGGGUCGGCAGGGACGCGAUAAGCUGCUCGUGAAUAUGAGCCUCUAGCAUGGCUUGAAACUGGUCGAGUUCCUCGUCAAAUUAUUACGUGAGUAAGCCGAAAACAUAAUAAUUCAAUUUCAUAAUUUCUAUUUUGUUAAGUUGCCUCAAUAAUCGAUGAAAAUAUCAUAAGCGCCAGGGCAUUCAGUACAAAGGCAUGAUGUCAUCUUAUCAGUUCCAUUCAACGCGCAAUUUAGGGCUUGACUAAAAUUAUCGAGUUGUUAUCAACCAAGAUACGAUAUCACUGCUUCAUCUACAGAACAACGAAAAAAUAAAAUAAAAGAUACUUAGAAAUGUUUUAUAAUGUUGUGAUUGUCAAAAUAAUGAGCAUCGAAAGCUUGACAUUUGAAUUAUCUCUGUCAUAGUUGCAGACUAAAAGCUAAGUUGGUUCAGCAUAGCUUACAUAGCUAAGCACAGAUUAUGUAAAUUACGCUGUGUAGUACUAGUAACUCUUUACAGACAUGCUAAAUAAAAUAAUGGUACAGUUUACUCACAUUAUACGAAUUUAGCUUAGUAUUAACUUAGUUUUUAGCCUGCAUGAUGCAAUACCUAAGCAUUUCAGUAGUAGUGUAAAAACCUCCUUUCAGUACUUUUUGUUACUAGAUUCCUAUACCUAAGGCAAUAAGUCUUAUAAUUCCAAAAUUUCAUGUAAGUAGCGACUUUAUAGUUCAUUUGGUAAAGUUCAGUUUUGAUUGGUGUCAAAAUGUACUUACUGCUUUUUACGACUUUUGAGCAAUACUAUAAUAUCGUAUGGUCUAAUAUUAAUGUUUUUAGAAAUUGUUAUAUUGCUCAUACUGCAUUAAAUUUCAACUUUAAAAUAAAUUGUAUUCUACACAUUUGUAGUUACAGUUCAUUUUAAAAUGAUAAUUUAAAAAUAUUUUUUUUUAUUUUAUAACAACUAAAACUGAUCUUUAUCACAAGCUAUAAGAGUCUAUAAUCCAUAACCUUUUUAGUGUAGUGUAAAUGCACCGACACGUCAUCUCACAAAAUCUGUGCGUAUUUUUAUAUAGAGAAAUAGUUAAUAAAGUUUAUAAAUAAAUAAUAGCAGAAUCAUUAACUAAUUGAUACCGAGACCGCGUGCCUUGUCAGAAAUACCAAUAUUGAAUUGACGUUAUAUCUAUAGGCGACCAUUUUAUACAUACAUAAUAAUUAUGUUCCUCGUACCGUAUCAUAAUAAAUAUUGCGCUAGUUGUAGUACAAUUAAAACAAUAGAUACGAUAAAAAUUGUUGCCAAGUCAGAAAAGCCAUUAAUACUAAAGUGUAAGGUUUUUUUUCUUUUCUUUGGCAAACGAGUCUCCAAAACGAUCUUGUCGACUAUACUGCCAGCAAGUGUAAGGUUGAAAAUCUAUCAAAUUCAUGACUUGGCAACCGAAUUUUGUCAGUACUAGUAUCCAGCUCAGGGUGCUUACUCUUGAAAACAAUCUCAAUGCAAUAUCAAACCAAAAAAUCUCAAUAAUUAUUCAAUGUCAAAACUAUAUCGUAGCUAUUAAAAUAGCAUUCAGAGUACGGAAUGCAAAGCUAAACUCAAUACCAUUUAGUUCAUUCAAUAUCCACGUGAUUUGGGUAUAAUGGGAGCCAGUGUUGCAAUUCGAGAGUACGAAAUUUCACAAUACCAAUGUCGAUCGAUCGGAAUUGGAUUCAAGAGUAAGCCCCCAGGUUAAAUCGAUAAUAUCUACUCAGAAAACAGAUUAUCAUUACCAAAAAUCAGCUAGCUAGCUUUGUGACUGUGUUAAUAUUAAACAUUUUAGAGGUACUACCUACCUCGGUUACAUAAAUAAAAUAAACAAUUCAAGCUGCUUGCAGUAACUGGAACGUGACGUAAUGUAUGCAUUCACACUGAAAUCACGCCAGUAGGAAAUCCACCAAGUAUUUAUUAGUAAUUUACUAGUAUUUUUUAUAUAUUUGGGGUUGUCAGCACUUAGCAUAUUGGGUAAAUAGGUUUUAUAUGCUACAAACUGUAAUUUAAUAAUUCCAAAUUUGAAUGUCAAGCUGUAGCAUUCAUGAAAUGAUUGCUUCAUGCUUUCUUGUAAUUUAUUUCUAAUUUAGAGUAAAAAGAGUAAUGAUGCGUAUUUCAUACCAUUUGAGGUUUUAGAUAUACUGAAAUUCAUUCACAAAAGCAUAAAAUUUAUUUUGACAUUGGUUACAAUAUUUUGCUCAUAUUUAGUUAGUAUUUGUUAUUGGGAUCUCUGAAUACUACAACAAAGAAGCUUAAUCUAUAAAAAGGUUUUAAUGAAAAGGGAAUUUAUAAGUAUUCGAUUUUCUUUUGGACUUGUAUAUAAGUACUAUAGCACUGUACCAUGCCGUAAGUACCUAUACUUACAAUGUGGGGGCCCUU